AUGGAGGAGUGUGGCUAUUGUAAGGAAAAGGAGAAGAAGCAGAAAGGUUAUCUGGAAGAGAUUGAGAAGGAGAAAAUAAUUGAAUGUCAGAAGGCUUUGGAGAGGGAGAAAAUAGCAAAGGGUAUACGCAGUACAAAGGCAGACGUGAAGAGCCUGAAAGCACAACAGCUGAUGCAAGUGGAAGAGAAGAGGUGUAUAGAGAGAGCGGAACAAAACGUGGACAUGAUGUGGCACCAAGUUCUCAUGGACGAUUAUAAGAGAAAGGAACAUCUAGAGAGACUAGCAGCUCAAAAGAGACAGCAAGAGACAAUGGAAAGGCGAAGAUGUUACGACGAACAAAUAGCGAGCGCCAACAAGAAGAGACAGGAGCUGAUACGACAGGAGAGGGAGAAGGAGAAUAGGAAGUUUGAGAAGAUCAAGAAGAAAAUGGAACAAGAUCAUUAUGAAGCUAUAAAGAAGAAGAAAGAACAGCAAGAAACGAACAAAAAGAACUUCAUAGAAGGACACGAGCAGAAACUGAAUCGGAUCAGAAACGAGAAGAUGAGAGCGAGAGAGAUAGACAACAAUACCAUACGAGUAGCGCUGGAAGAGCUGAGGAAAGAGCGAGAGAGGAAUAGGAUACAAAUGAAAAAUCUACAAAUAGAAAAGCAGAUCUGCAUCAAGAACUACAACUGUGCUAGAAGAAUGGCGUCCGCUAUGGAGCAGGAGGCGGAGGUGAUCGCUGACGAGUGGCAGCGGGAGGCGCAGGACAAGACCGACGAACAUAUGAGGCAGGUCGAGCAGGAACAGCGAGCGUGUAAAGAGAAAGCAGCAGAAGAAUACAGGCGUCACAUCGAGGCUCGAAACCAGGCGUUGGAGGAAGCAAAGUACGAGAGAAGCCAGCGCAUGGAGCGGGUGACGAGGACCGCGCUGACUGAGCUGCAGCGCAAGAUAGACUGCGCCAACCAGGAGCUGCGCAGACAGGCCGAGUACAGGCACAAUCUGAGCUGCCAGAUUAGGGACAAUGAGAGGCAUUUGGAGUCAGAAUUGAUAAACAUAGAAAACAAGGACAGGCCCCACACCAGAAAAGCUGCAAUGUUCAAGGAUGUCAUGGCGACGAGAUACGCGAGCUCUCCAGCAAGAACUAGUACGAACCCUGUUCAUCCCUUUCGUCGGUUAUUGGAAACAACAGAUAAGAAGGAAGCUCUUCAUUUACCAUCAAUAGGAUAA